ACAAAAACAAAUCAUUGCAUACUUGCUUUAUUAUUAAAAAUUUACAACUUGCUUUACCAUUUCUCAUCAAAUAAAUUUUAAAGGAUUAUAAACGAUUGAUUGAUAUUUUGUAUUAAUUCUCAUAGUAGUGUGAUCCGCAUUGUGGUAUUAAAUCUUAAUUUCAAACAGUUAAUAAAAUAAUAUCAUGGGUGACUGGAAUACAGUGACAAUAUUGAGAAAAAGGCCACCAAAGCCUUCAACUAUGAAAUCAGAACAGGCCAUAAACAAAGCUAGACGUGAGGGUGCAGUGAUCGAUACUCAAGUAAAAUGGGGUGCAGCUACUAAUAAACAUCAAGUUACAACAAAAAAUACUGCAAAAUUGGAUCGUGAAACUGAGGAAUUAAAACAUGAAAAAGUGCCAAUUGAUUUAGGCCGACUUAUACAACAAGGGCGUCAAGCUAAAGGUUAUAAUCAAAAAGAGCUGGCUACGAAAGUUAAUGAGAAACCACAAGUAAUUCAAGAUUAUGAAGCUGGACGUGGAAUACCUAAUCAAUUAGUUAUUGGAAAAAUUGAAAAAGUGCUUUGUAUAAAAUUAAGAGGAAAAGAUCGUGGCCAAGCGCUUCUACCCCCUAGCACCAAAAAGUGACGGGCUUGGGGGAGUAUUAACUCAAAAGUCACUAAUUUCACAUUGAAUACUUUUAAUUAUGCUUUAAAUAAAAAAAAAUGUUGUGACAAAAAAAAAUUACCUUCUAUUUUAAUUUAUUUUACCUUUUUAUUAAAUUUAAGCUGGUAAUACAAAUGGAGUAAUAUUGCAUUACAUAUUAUUAUUUUUUUUUGUAAUAAACAUUUUUCAUAAUAUAGCAUAUUAUUAGUUU